GCUUUCUGCCAUUUCCGGGAGGAUCUGCAGUUUGACAUGAGCUCCUUCAGUGGAAUUUAUUAAGAAAGAAAAUAUGUUACUUACAUCGUUACGGACAACCAUUUUUUGCGGCUGCAGAUGUGUUAGCAAGGGGUUUCAACAGAACUGCCGAAGUCCACAGCUACGACGAUGGCUUUUGAGAAGAAAUCACAGCACCUUCACGGUGGAGACGGCAGCUCCCUCCAACCCAGCAGCGGUGGUCCCCAACGCAGCCACGAAUCGCAUAGUGGGACGCUGGCUGCUCGGCUGCAGCGGUCUGGUGGUCGGUGCCAUUGUCUUGGGGGGUGUUACAAGGUUAACAGAAUCUGGGCUCUCCAUGGUUGAUUGGCAUCUGGUGAAAGAGAUGAAGCCCCCUCAGUCAGAAGAAGAGUGGCAGGCUGAGUUUUCCAAGUACCAGCAGUUUCCAGAGUUUAAAAUACUGAACCAUCAAAUGACUCUGCCGGAGUUUAAGUUUAUCUUCUACAUGGAGUGGGGUCAUCGCAUGUGGGGCAGACUGGUUGGACUAGCAUACAUCCUCCCUACYGUUUACUUUUGGAGAAAGGGAUAUUUCAAUCGUUCCAUGAAGGGAAAAGUGCUUGGACUUUGUGGAUUUGUCUUCUUCCAGGGCCUUCUGGGGUGGUACAUGGUUAAGAGUGGGCUGGAAGAGAAACCCGAGUCUCAUGACAUUCCUCGGGUCAGCCAGUAUCGUCUCACUGCUCAUCUCGGCUCUGCCUUGUUGCUAUACGUUGCCAGUCUCUGGACAGGACUUACCAUGCUGCUACCAGCACACAAGCUGACAGAAACCAAGCGUCUCAUCCAGCUAAGGAGGUUUGCCAAGGGUACGGGUGGACUCGUCUUCCUAACUGCUCUUUCAGGUGCCUUUGUUGCUGGUUUGGAUGCUGGUUUGGUGUACAACUCCUUCCCUAAAAUGGCAGAGAGAUGGAUUCCYGACGAUCUCCUUGCUUUCUCUCCAACAAUUAAGAACUUCUUUGAAAAUCCCACCACUGUACAGUUUGACCACAGGAUUUUGGGUAUCAGUUCUUUGGCAGCAGUUACAGGCCUCUAUUUGUUCUCAAGGAGGAUGAUGCUACCAAAAAGGGCAAAGGUUGCCAUCAGCCUCCUUGCAGCAAUGGCUUAUACUCAGGUUGCUCUUGGUAUCUGCACGCUGUUGAUGUAUGUCCCCACUCCACUCGCAGCAACUCACCAGUCUGGUUCUGUGGCACUUCUGUCACUCGCCAUUUGGGUUCUUGCAGAGCUUCGUAAAAUGCCCAAGUAAAGGCCUCCUCCUUUACAGACAAGUUCUUUUGAUUUGAACCACACUGUAAGACUGUAAAGGUCAGCACUGUUUGAGGCAAAAGAGAAAAAACAACACAAACUCUUCAUGGAUGGAAUUAUAUUUAUACUCUUAUUUCAUUGUCAGUUUCAAAAACAGGAAUGCCUUACUGAAUGCAUUUUUGAAACAUGUUUCAGAAAGUUGCAAAAACUAGGAAGAGUUGGGAAGUUUUUGCUCAUCCAGCAAUGAGCUAGAAAAAUGUAAGUUUAUAUUUAACUUCAAUGAUUUGUUUGCAGUAGGCUAUUUUUUAUACUUGUUUUUCUACAUUGCUUACAAAACUUUCUUUAGUAGGAAUUUAGUAAUAGUUUCAUUUAAAGAAAUCUGCUUCUGCGCCAAGACAAAUUAUUUUAAGAAAAUACAUUUUGGGUUAUGUGUAUAAUGUAUGUUUGUUAUUAAUUUAAGAUCAUGUCUUGUUGAAGUUAUGACAAUUUAAGAUGUAAAACAGGAGGAUCCUAAAUGUUGUUUUACUCUUCCAAGGUUUUUAUGGAUUAAACUGCACUCUCCUUAUGAAUUGACUCAGAAUAAAACGAAAACACACUU